CAAUGUUAUUGUUACUUCUCGGGUUGCAGAUGCUUCAUUAUUCUUAGCUCCAAUGGUUUAUGAACUUGGUUGGAAUUGGGAUGAGUUCCACCUUCUAGCACAAGGUUCUUUGGCUGGCCAUCUGCUUGAGUGUGGUUGUCAACUUACAGGAGGAUAUUUUAUGCAUCCAGGGGACAAAUAUCGAGACAUAUGUUUAUCAGAUCUCCUGGAUCUGUCACUCCCAUUUGCUGAAGUUACUUCUGAUGGGAAAGUAUGUGUGGCAAAGGCAAAUGGCAGUGGUGGGGUUUUAAAUUUUAGCACCUGUGCAGAACAGCUUCUUUACGAAGUUGGGGAUCCAAGUGCUUAUAUUACCCCAGAUGUGAUAAUUGAUUUUCGAGAUGUAUCAUUUAAGUCGUUAUCAGACAAUAAAGUUCUUUGUGCUGGAGCAAAACCAUCUGUUCCACCAGUACCUGAUAAAUUUUUGAUGUUGGCUUCAAAGGACUUGGGGUGGAAAGGCUGGGGAGAGAUAUCCUAUGGGGGUUACGAAUGUGUGAAACGGGCCAAAGCUGCUGAAUUUUUGGUCAGGUCAUGGAUGGAAGAAAUAUAUCCUGGUGUUAACAAGCAUAUAACUUCCUAUAUAAUUGGACUGGAUAGCCUUAAGGCGAUCAGCAGUGACAAAAGCUCCUCAUUUCCGGAAGAUAUUAGGCUACGCGUCGAUGGGCUAUUCGAGCAAGAAGAACAAGCCAUCCAAUUUACAAAGGAGUUUACAGCUUUGUACACAAACGGACCAGCUGGUGGUGGUGGUAUCAGCACUGGGCACAAGAAGGAGAUUAUUCUAGAAAAAGGACUGGUAGGGCGUGAACAUGUCCAUUGGCAUGUUGCGGCACAGCAAAACGAAGUAAUGCAGUCAGAUGAUCAGACAACUGGCCUUAGUGAUCUUACACAAACGCAUGCUGAAAACGCUUCUGUCUCACCAUCAUUCCAAAUGAACACUACAACCAAUUCUUGCACCAAAUAUUCACUGCCAGCAGUUGAAGCGUCUCCUGCUCCAUCUGGCCAAAAGAUUCCGCUUUACAAUGUUGCUCAUAGCAGGGCAGGAGAUAAAGGAAACGACGCACACUUGUCCAUUAUCCCACAUUUUCUUCCUGAUGUUGAGAGGCUCAAGAUGAUCAUAACACCCCAAUGGGUAAAGGAAGUUGUAUCGGAUCUUCUGAUUCCCUCAUCCUUGCCUAACCCAGAUGAGAUUGAGAGGACAAAGAAAUGGGUCGAUGAACAUGUUACGUUGGAGAUCUAUGAAGUUAGGGGAAUUCAUUCUCUAAAUGUAGUGAUCCGGAACAUUCUAGAUGGCGGUGUCAAUAGCUCUCGAAGGAUUGACAGGCAUGGAAAGACCCUAUCCGAUCUCCUAUUGUGCCAGCAAGUGGUGUUGCCUCCGUGAUUGGGUAGUUCAGGUACCAAUUGCAGGUUUAUUUAUUUUCUCUUGUGAAGUGGAUGCUCUGCUAUUUGCAGCUUGGAAUGUCUAGUGGAAGAACACACUUCAUCUAACAAUUAUAUUGGUGAUUUAGAAUUAUUUAAUUCGAAAAGUUUAAGUAAAUCAUGUGUAUAAGGAAAUGAGUAAUGCUACAUGGACUUAAAAGUUAGAUUUAAAAACUAG